AUGGAUAAUCAGACAGUGCUGGCUGUGCAGUCCUUACUGGAUGGUCAAGGAGGUGUGACGGAUCCAUCGGCUCAAAAUGUCAACUCCUCCAGUGCCAUCCAGCCCAUGGAUGACGAAGACGUGUUCCUCUGUGGGAAGUGCAAGAAGCAGUUCAACUCUCUGCCUGCCUUCAUGACCCACAAGAGGGAGCAGUGCCAGGGCAGUGCCCCGUCCCUGUCCACAGUGUCUCUGGCCACCAACAGCGCGUACAGCCCGUCCAUCACCUCGGUGCCGCAGGCUCCCAGCGCCGGCCGGCAGCAAAUCUCUACAUACAUCACUGUUCCCCCAUCACCUUUGAUCCAGACCCUGGUGCAGGGGAACAUCUUGGUCAGUGAUGAGGUGCUGAUGUCAGCCAUGUCUGCUUUUGCAUCCUUGGACCAGCCCAUGCCUGCAGUGCAGCCCCCGGUGCAGAGCAGCAUGAGUAUGCACGCCGGGGCUGGAUACCUGUCCCAGCCCCCCCCGCCGCCGCCUCCCCCGCCGCCCCCUCCUCAGCCCCCGCCAUCCCCCCCGAGCCUGGGGGCUCCGGGGCAGCCCGGGGGCACCACUGGCGUGGUGGAAGUGUACAGUGCCCCUCCUCCCAUGGCACCAGCCAGCACGGUGGAGAUCCAGACGCUGGGCAUGCAGCCCUACCCGCCCAUGGAGGUACCAAGCCAGUGUGUGGAGAGUCCCGUGUACCCCUCUCCCCCCGUGUACAGCCCUGGGAAGCAGGGGUUCAAGUCCAAGAGUACCAGUGCUCCCACUGCCCUGACCAGCACAGGAGGAGGUCCCAUGGUUGGUUUUGAUUCCCCUGCUGCUGCCAAAACUCGACGCUGCAAAAACGAGAGCGGGCUGCAGGAAGGUAAACCCAAGUCCUCCAAGCUGAAAUGCACUUACUGUGACAAGGCCUUCACCAAGAACUUUGACCUGCAGCAGCACAUCAGAAGCCACACAGGUGAGAAGCCCUUCCAGUGUAUCGUGUGUGGCCGAGCCUUUGCCCAGAAGUCCAACGUGAAGAAGCACAUGCAGACCCACAAAGUGUGGCCUCCAGGGCUGGGCUGCACCAUCUCCCGCAACUCCAUCACAGUGCAGGUCAUGGCCUUGAAUCCCAACCAGCCAGAGGACGAGGAGAACACAGGUUUGCCUCAGCCCUCGAGGAACCCCAUGCUACCACCCCAAGAGCUGAGCCCCUUGGAGGACAGCGAGGCAGGCAAGCUGGAGGCCAAGCAGGUUGUCUUGAUCGACAGCUCUUACCAGUGCCAGUUCUGCCCCAGCAAGUUCAACACCUAUUUCCAGCUCAAAUCACACAUGACACAGCACAAGAAUGAGCAGGUGUACAAGUGCGUGGUGAAGACCUGUGCUCAGACCUUCCAGAAGCUGGAGUCCUUCCUUGAGCACAUCAAGAGCCACCAGGAGGAGCUGAGCUACCGCUGCCACCUCUGCAGCAAGGACUUCCCCUCCCUGUACGAGCUGGGUGUCCACCAGUACUCACACAGCCUGCUGCCCCAGCACAGCCCCAAGAAGGACGUGGCCGUGUACAAGUGUGUGAAGUGUGUCAAUAAAUACUCCACCCCGGAAGCCCUGGAGCACCAUCUGCAGACGGCAACGCACAACUUCCCCUGCCCUCACUGCCAGAAGGUGUUCCCCUGCGAGAGGUACCUGCGCCGCCACAUCCCCACGCACGGCGGGGGCAGCAAGUUCAAGUGCCAGAUCUGCAAGAAGUUCUUCCGUCGGGAGCACUACCUCAAGCUGCACGCCCACAUCCACUCGGGUGAGAAGCCCUUCAAGUGCUCGGUGUGCGACGCCGCCUUCAACCGCAAGGACAAGCUCAAGCGGCACAUGCUGAUCCACGAGCCCUUCAAGAAGUACAAAUGUCCCUUCUCAAGCCACACGGGCUGCAAUAAAGAGUUCAACAGGCCUGACAAGCUGAAGGCUCACAUUCUGUCCCAUUCAGGGAUGAAGAUCCACAAGUGCCAGUACUGUAACAAGUCCUUCAGCCGCCGCGCCCACAUGGUGGAGCACCAGCGCUCCCACACCGGCAACUACAAGUACCGCUGCCCCACCUGCAGCAAGGGCUUCACCCGCCACAAGUACAUGAAGGACCACAAGUGCCGGCUGGGCUCGCCCCAAGGACAAGGACACCUGCAGCUCAGGAAGCCCCAGAAGAAGCGGGUGGCACGGGGGGGGCGCAAGGCGGGCCUGGCCCUGCCCGGGCUGGCCGAGCUGAAGGACGGCGGCGCUGCCGGGGAGAGCCCCCCCGAGGGGGGCCCCGACAAAGAGCCCUUCCAGGAGUCAGAUGCUGUCCUGUCCAUCGUGGUCGGGGGGUCAGGAGCUGCUGACUCGGACCUUGUCGCCGGGCAGCCCAACAGCAUGGCAUCCAACCUGGCCCUGGCAGAGCUGCAGGCGGGCUCGGACGGGCCCUGCACCAUGCUGGCUGUCCCUGUGUACAUCCAGAGCACCGAGUGACCGUGCCCAGAGCCACUGUGUGGCUGUUGGACUCGGUGCUCAAAUCUAUCCCAGUGAAAAAGACCAAAGCUCUGGUGGGGAGGUAGAUGGAUAUGGGAGAGGAUGACUUUCAUCUCCACUGAGUCUUCCCAUCCUGGAGCAGAGGACUGCUUGGAAGCCACUGGUGGCUACGAGGCACUGAAGAAGGCAGCUCCAUUAUUUCUUGUCCCUCUGCAUCACGGGUCUGCUUAGGGCAAGAAAGACAAAGAUCCCUGAAUCAGGGUAAGAAGAAGGAGCGUGCAAACCUGCAACACACAGAGCUGCUGAAAUCUGGUGGCUUUGCAAAUCACAGCCUGUCCCAUCUGUGGUUUUUCUGGCCUAAAAGCUGUAUUGCCCAGUAUUUGGGUGGCCCUUCUGAGAGCAAGCAAUUGAUCCUUCCUAGUGGAAGCGAGUUCAUCCUGAGAUCCUUUGGGAACACUGUUCAGAAAUACCCUGGUAGACUUGUGUCUGGUAUCUUCUCUCUGUGUCUCUCAGUAGAAAGAUCACCGUGUUUGUACCACACGAGUUAUAAACACCCUGGACCUCA